UCUCUUCUGCUCCCUCCUCUCCCUUUGUCAUUCUAGCUGCCUGCUGCCUCCGCAGCGUCCCUCCAGCUCCGCCUGUGCGAACUGCUUGCGCCCUAGACAACUGGGUGCGCAAAGCAGAAGGAUUAGUUGGGACCUGCCUUGGUGACUCCAUGGCAUCCCCCAGAACCAUAACUAUCGUGGCCCUCUCUGUGGCCCUGGGACUCUUCUUUGUUUUCAUGGGGACUAUCAAAUUGACCCCCAGGCUCAGCAAGGAUGCUUACAGUGAGAUGAAACGUGCUUACAAGAGCUAUGUCAGAGCCCUCCCUCUGCUGAAGAAAAUGGGCAUAAAUUCCAUCCUUCUCCGAAAAAGCAUUGGUGCCCUUGAAGUAGCCUGUGGCAUAGUCAUGACCCUUGUGCCUGGGCGUCCCAAAGAUGUGGCCAACUUCUUCCUCCUCUUGCUGGUGCUGGCUGUGCUCUUCUUCCACCAGCUGGUUGGUGAUCCUCUCAAACGCUAUGCCCAUGCCCUGGUGUUUGGAAUCCUGCUCACUUGCCGCCUGCUGAUUUCCCGCAAGCCUGAAGACCGAUCUUCUGAGAAGAAGCCCUUGCCAGGAAAUACCGAAGAGCAACCAUCCUUAUAUGAGAAGGCCCCACAGGGCAAAGUGAAGGUGUCUUAGGAACAGAAGCGCACAGUGGGGACAUUCCAGGCAGUUGCCUCCGUGACACCCAGGAAGAUAUCAGUGUGUAUUUUUUAUUUGAUUUAUUUCUCUUGGAGGAAAGGGAAAUUUAUCAUCUGCAAGUUAAUUGGCUUGUGUACAAUUAUACCAUAAAAUGAACCCCUAUUGACAUUUGUGCUCCACCUUUAAUCACUCUGAGGCAAUGCUCACAUCUUGCUGCAUGUACAUGUAUACGGCUACUAUUGAAGUGUAUUUGUGAGAUGGACUCCAGCAAGCAUGUGACUGUGAGAUUCUGUGUGGGAAAAUGUAUUUAAUUACUGUGUGUGUGCACUCAUGUACAUACGUGUAUGGAGAAGGCUUUGAUCUUGAACUAAUCCUACACAGGUAUCCUUCCUUUCCUUAUAAACUGAUGCCAGCAAAGGUAGAAUAAACCUCCUAUAAAGAGAGUCCUACAUUUCCUAUAAAGCAAGUGAUCUAGUCCCUUAUGAGAAGAUCCUUCUCUAAAUUAAGCUGAAAACUUAAUCUCGCCACUAUAGAAAAAAUGUUAUUUUAAUUAAAAACAGUUAUAUAUAAAACUACUCUUUACACUGAAGUUAAGUUUUAAACACUCCAUAUUUAGUUUAAUUACCAAAGGAUACAUGCUGUCAAUAGUCUCAUUCUUCAAGUGAAAAAAUAGAAAGUUUCACCUUGCCCUAAGCUCUUUGGCUAACAAUUUGAAACUAAAGUAGUACAUUUAUUACCAGAUAUCAUCU